AUGGCCCGAAAGCCCAAUGUAGUCAUUUUCCCUUCACCAGGGAUGGGCCACCUCAUCCCGCUCGUCGAGCUCUCCAAGAAGCUGGUCCUGGCCCACGACUUAUCCAUCACCCUCAUCGUCCCAUCGUUGGGCCCACCAUCAAAGGCCCAGACCCAAGUCCUCAAGUCUCUUUCUUCCGGUCCGAUCAACCACAUCCUUCUCCCGCCGACCAACCCAUCAGACUUUCCAGCUGGUACUCGAGCUGAAACCCUGAUCUGCCUCACUGUUGCCCAGGCAGUUCCUGCGCUUCGGGACGAGCUCAAAUUGCUCGUCGAGACGAGUGGAAAACCGGUUGCUCUUGUCGCCGACUUCUUCUGCACUGACACUUUCGAUGUCGCCAAAGAGUUCGAUGUGCCGAGUUACUUGGCUGUCCUCACGAAUGCCAUGACGUUAUCGAUGUUACUUGAUCUCCCGAGGCUCGAUGAGGAGGUGUCUGGCGAGUACGGGGACAUGGAUAGCCCGAUUCGCUUCCCCGGAUGUAAGGUCGAUGUUCUCGGUUCGGACUUGCCCGACCCGGUUCUAGACAGGAAGGACGACGCGUACAAAUGGUUCAUGCACAACCUGAGACGCACCAAUUUAGCGGAGGGGUUCAUAGUAAACAGCUUCACGGAGUUGGAAGGUGAGACCAUUCAAUUUUUGCAACAGAAUGUCGUGUCCGAGAACAAACCAAUCUACCCGAUCGGACCCAUCUUUCAAUCCGGCAGCUCGAACGAUUUAGCCGAUCCGAGUGGAUGUUUGAAGUGGCUAGACACUAAACCAACCGGUUCGGUUGUGUUCGUUUCGUUCGGUAGCGGUGGGACCCUAUCUUCAGAGCAAUUGAAGGAGCUGGCACUCGGUCUGGAGACGAGCCAACAAAAUUUCCUCUGGGUAGUGAGAAGCCCGAACGACGCGGCGGCCAACGCAUCUUACUUCAACUCGAGAAGCGGUUCGAACCCGCUCGAUUUCCUGCCCGAAGGGUUCGUAGAGCGAACCAAAGGGCGGGGCCUGGUGGUCCCGUCAUGGGCCCCACAGAUGGAAGUGCUUAGCCACGUGGCGACGGGUGGGUUCGUGAGUCACUGCGGGUGGAACUCGACGGUGGAGAGCAUUGUGAAUGGGGUGCCGAUGAUUGCCUGGCCGUUGUACGCCGAGCAGAGGAUGAACGCCGUGCUUCUGGAGAAGGAUUUCGAGAUCGCGUUAAGGCCAAGAGCAGGGGAAAAUGGGGUGAUCGGAAGGGAAGAGAUUGCCAGGGUGGUGAAGGGUCUGAUGCACGUGGAAGAAGGUGCGGCGGUUCGUGAGAGGAUGGCGAAGUUGAAGGUGGCGGCCGCCGAAGCAGUGACGGAGGGAGGUUCUUCCACCAAGUCGUUGGGCGAAUUGGUAUCUAAUUGGAAGAAGGGCCAUUAG